AUGGUGGGUGAAUUUUAUGUCUACAUCAAUGCAAAUUUCCAUACUAUCAGUGAAGAGACACAGACAGAAUAUAACAAGAUUCUUAAUGAGAAGAAAAUUCCAAUUCAAAAUAUCCUGGAUGUCACCAAGACAGAUUCUCUGCAGAAAGAGAGUCACUCUGAGCUGCUGCAGGGAGGCAAGAUGAGAAGCAGGAUGAUGAAGAUUGUGUUGCUGGCUGUGGCUAUCUGCAUUGUGGUUGGUGUAGAGAACAUGCCCUUGAAGGAAAGGGAUAUGAAUGUAACUCUACAGUGCAUUCAAGUGCACCAUCAUGAUAUUGAAGAUCAGUUAUUAGGAAUGGAGGAACCAGAAAUUGUUCCUAAUAACAAACCCACUGGCUAUUGGCUCUUUAGGGACACAAAUCUUACCUAUCCAAAAGUAUGGUACAUUUUCACUGGUGGUUAUGCAGACAGAGCAAACAGUUCCAGUCUCAGUGGAGAAUUGCAAAAACAGUACCUGAAUCUGACUAGUGAGCAUAAUAUUCCACAUAACAAAAUUCUAGAUGUCACCAAAACAGAGGUUACCUUCCCCUCACGUCCUUGUUUAACUCCCCACUGGCUGGGGCAAGUGGCACCAAAUGAGGGGCUUGAGGUACGAAAUGUGAUCUGGACGUCGCUCAAGUGGACGUCCGUCAACCCCAUUGGAUCGCCACCUCAUCGGGAAAAUGGCACAUGUCGACUCUACAGACUUCAGGCAGCCAAUUACCAACGUCGGAUUUUUCCUGCUAUAAUGUAUCAAAGACUAGACAUUGAACCAAUUAAACGGAAAAUUGACAACCCAAAGGGUUCGUGGCUCCUCGAUAAUUCAUAUGAUGCCUAUCUAAGAGUCUGGAUCCGACAAUUUUAUAAUAAAGAUGUAGGUGGGUAUAAUUAUCAUUACUACCUGCUAUUGACUGGCAACUUAAAGAGUAAUAGUGAGCGUACCUCUCAGCAAUUGUGGAGGAAAAGAAAAACUGCUGUGUUAGUCAACUCUCAGGGGAUGUUCCCGGGAAAAGGCGUAAUGGUAGCUCCUGGAAUGGCCUGCCAGCACACCGUCCAGUUUGUUCCCGACUGCCUGGGGGACUUUGAUGACUUCAUUCUGGUUGAGACCCAGUCUGCCCACACUCUCGUGAUCCCCCUGCAGGCCCGGAGGCCGCCCCCAGUGCUGACCUUGUCAGCGGUGCUGAACUGUGGCUACUGCCUCAUCGGAGGAGUGAAGAUAACCCGAUUCAUCUGCAAAAAUGUGGGCUUCAGUUCCGGCAAAUUCUGUAUUAUGCCCCAAAGGAGCUGGCCACCGCCAAGUUUCCGGGCUGUUGCAACCACAGGCUUGGUGGAGCAGCCUCCCUUUGGAGUCAUGCCUUCAGUGUUUGAGCUGGCCCCGGGGUUCUCCGUAGUAUUGGAGGUCUUGUUCCUCCCAACGAGCCUCGGAAAGUCAGAGAGGACCUUCGUCAUCGUGUGUGACAACUGCCAGAUGAAGGAGCUGGUGAUUGAGGGAACCGGGCAGCUGGUGGCAUUGGAUCUGAUCCAUAUUUCUGGUGAAAAAAGUGAACCGGACCCCGGAGAGCUCAGAGACUUAACAGCACAAUACUUCAUCCGAUUUGAGUCUGAAAACCUGCAGUCAGUGGCAAGGAAACAUCUGGUUAUCAGGAAUGCUACGCAGGUGGAGCUGCCGUUCCACUGGCAGAUCACAAAGCCCAACCUGCAGCCCCUGAUGCCCGGCGAGACAUACAGCAUGGAGAGCAUCAAGUACCACCCCGAGGAGGAGACUGCCUUCUCCAUCGUGCCCAAGAAGGGGGUCCUCGGCCCCCACAGCAACCACGAGUUCAUCUUGAGCUUCUCUCCUUUUGAGCUAAGGCGUUUCCACAGUGUGCUGCAGAUGGUACUAGAGAACAUCCCUGAGCCCUUGAGCUUGGAGGUGGAGGACCUGGAGGGCCAGGGCCCCUCGGUGGACGACAUGAUUGUCCUGGAAAUCGAGGCAAAAGGCUCAGCAGAACCCUUCCAGAUCCGUAUAGAACCGUAUGCCCUCAUCAUCCCUGGCGAGAACUACAUUGGCAUCAACGUGAAGAAAAAUUUCAAGAUGUGGAAUAACAGCAAGUCAGCCAUCAGAUACACGUGGGCGAAGACCAGCGACUGCCACAUUAUUGAAGUGGAGCCCUGCACAGGGGUGAUCGAACCCAAUGAAGUCGGAGAUUUUGUGUUGAACUUUACCGGGGGUGUCCCUGGCCCAACCAGCCAGGAUCUGUUGUGUGAAAUCAGACACUCUCCGUGGCCAGAGGUUCUACACAUUGAGGCAACCUUUAAGGGGCCUGCCCUGGUCAUCGAUGUCCCAGCCCUUCAGUUUGAUCUGCUCCGCCUGGGGCAGAAAGCCUCCCGCAUCAUCCACAUCCACAACAUCAGCCAGCUCCCUGCCAUGUGACAGCUGAGGGAGAGCCCCCUCUGUGUGGCAGAGAGGGGCCAGGGCGAGUCACCCUUUGACAUUGAGCCUUGGAGUGGCCAACUUCAUCCUCUCGGGGAGUGCCAAGUGGUCGUCACCUUAGAGGCCUCGCACUGCCAGCGUCUGCAAACAGUCCUGCAGCUGGAGGUGGAAAACGGGACCUGGAGCUACGUUCCCGUGUAUGCCGAGGUGCAGCGGCCCUAUGUCUACCUGCAGAGCAGCCAUGUGGAGCUGAGUGACCUCUACACCGGCGUGCCCGUGAAGUCCACCGUUACACUCACCAAUGGGACGCUCCUGCUCUCCCGGUUCCACUGGGGCAAGCUCCUGGGGACCCAAGCAGCCUUGUGUACAGUGACAGUCUCCCCCAUACAUGGCCUGUUGGGCCCCAACGAAGAGCGCCACAUACACUUGGAGUUGACUGCCCACACCCAGGAAGAACUGACCGAUCUAGUCCUUCCUUGUCACGUGACAGGCAUGGAGGAGCCACUGGUCCUGGGCAUCUCUGGGAAGCCUCAGGGGCUGCAAGUGACCAUUGCCAUCUCUGUGGAGGGCUCUGAUAGUGUUUCCAGCACACAGCAUUGGCCAGGCCACGCCAAGGAGCUUUGCCUGGACUUUGGCUCGAAGGUACCUCUGAGGACCUGUGUGACCCACCAACUCAUCCUGACUAAUUGCUCCCCGAUAGAGACCCCUUUCACUCUCAUGUUUGAGUACUUCGGGAGCCCCCAAAGCAGCCUGAGCAACAAGACCAGCCUCCCCGACAUGCCGCCGGCCCUGCUAAAGUCAGCACACAUCAAGAAGCACUUGGCCAAGAAAGAGCACCUGGAUUUUAUGGACAGCAUGUUAGCUCACAAGAAGGGAGCUGCUUUCUUCCCUCACGUUUCCCAGGGUGUGCUGAGAGCCUACCAGAAGUUGAGCAUUGGCAUCACAGGCUGUGCCAACAUGUGGGGCAAGUACUGGGACAACCUCCUAUGCACGGUGGGCGACCUGCCGCUGAUGGUCAUCCCAGUGCACAUGGCAGUGGUGGGAUGCCCUGUCAGCACUGUGAGGAACAUCCACUCCAUGGCUCACCUGUACCAGAAGGAGCCUAUGAUCAGGUUUGGGACCCAGGUCUCCGGAGGAGACACCGUCUCCAGAACCCUCCGCCUGUAUAACUCGAGCCCCUGUGGUGAACAUCGCCUGGACUGGCAGACCUAUGUUCCAGAAGACAGGGAUGACCGGCUGUUAGAGCUGCUGGUGUUUUACGGGCCACACUUCCCACUGCGGGACCAUGCUGGAAAUGAGCUCGUGUGCCCUGAGUCCCCAGAGGCCAGCAUACUGUCAUCCGCAAGCCCCUUCGACAGAUCAGAAUCCAGCCAGACAACCCCUUCUUUGAUGGAGGAGAGCUCCACUACCAGCAACAAGGCACAAGGACACAUCAUCUCAGUUAUCCUGCAGGGGCAUGAGGGGGUGCCCUCUGACUGCCCAUACCACAUCAGCCCCAAGCAAGUGGUGGUCCCAGCUGGAGGCAACAGCACCAUCUGCGUCUCCUUCAUGCCCACGGUGCUUGGCCCCACUGUCCUGGACAAGGCGGUGUGCACCGGCUACGCCCUGGGCUUCAUGAGCUUGGACAGAGUGGCAGAAAGGGAGAUUCCAGGCCGGAGGCAACGUCUGCAGGACUUCGACGUGGGUCCCCUGAGACUAGACCUGCAUGGACACGUGCGGUGUGCGCAGCUAAGUGUAGAGCUGGAUAGCAGUGGCUACUUGGAAUUCCGGUGCCAGGCCAGCGACCUCAUCCCCAGUCAGCCCUGCUGCGGGGUGCCCAGCGAGCUGCUCACCACCCGCCACCUGAAACUGAUCAACAACACGGAAAUCCCACACUACUUCCGGCUUCUGGUCUCCAAGCCCUUCUCUGCAUCUCGACACGGGGCUGCCAGCCGGGGCCGCAGAGCCAGCCGGCGGAAGAGUGAGGAGGAGCUGGCGCUUGGCUCCCAGGAGAACAUGCUGGUGGACGUGUCCUUCUCACUCUCCCUGGAGCUGUUGUCUUACCAGCGGCUCCCAGCUGACCAGAUGCUGCCUGGAGUGGACAUCCAGCAGAGCACGAAUGGAGAAAAAGAGAUGGUGUUCACUCGGCUCCUGCUCCUGAGGUUCACCAACCAGACCACUCAGGUGCAUCACGGGCUGCCCAACCCUCCAGGGAGGAGGAGGGCACCCAGCUGGGCUCUGUGGGCUCUGUGGGGGGGGGGGGGAGCACCUCGGCCCUGCCCUGAGGGUGCAGUCUGUCUCCCAGGAGGCCGGUGGCUGGGAGAAGUCAACCAUCCUCGAAUAUCUAAGGAGCUCAGAGCUGGUGGAAGGGCUGGAGCGCAGGAAAUUGAGGAUGCUUUUUAA